AUGAGCCACUGCUCAAACUGGACCGCCCCACAGGAGUUCGUCAUCCUUGGCUUCUCCGGGUGGCCCCAGUGGCUCCGGGUGCUGCUCUUUGCCCUCCUCCUGCCACUCUACCUGGCGACACUGGCAGGAAACCUCAUGAUCCUGGUCCUGGCGGUGGUGGACACUGCCCUGCACACACCCAUGUACUUCUUCCUGGGGGCCUUGUCCGCCGUGGAGGCGGCUUAUACACUUGUGCUCACUCCGCGCAUGCUGGCUGGCUUCCUCCUGCCUCCUGGUGGCCAGGCGGUGGCCCCGUCUACCUGUGCGGCCCAGAUGGGCCUCUUUGUGGCGCUGGGUGGCUCCGAGUGCCUGCUGCUGGCUGCCAUGGCACUGGACCGCUACCUGGCCAUCUGCCGCCCCCUCUACUACCCUCAGCUCAUGACCCCAGGGCUCUGCUGGUGCCUUUUGGCCUCCUGCUGUGCUGGGGGCUCUGUCCUGGCCGUGGGCCUCACCACGGCCAUCUUCCAGCUGUCCUUCUGCAGCGGCAUGGUCAACCACGUCUUCUGUGACCUGCCCGCCGUGCUGGUAUUGGCCUGUGGGAACCGCGACCUGCAGGAGCACGUCCUGCUGGCAGCCUGCCUGCUGCUGCUGGUGCUGCCCCUGGCCCUGAUCCUGCUCUCCUAUACCCGGGUGCUGAUAGUCAUUCUGGGCGUCGGCGGGGCCGCGGGCCGCCGGAAGGCCUUCCACACAGUGGCGUCGCAUCUCACGGUGGCUGUGCUCCAUUAUGGCUGUGCCACAGUCAUGUACGCCAGACCCCUGCGCAGCCGCUCCCUGGAGGAGGACAAGCUGGCAUCCCUCAUCUACAUCAACCUCACGCCGCUGCUGUACCCGGCCAUCUACACACUGCGGAACCGGGACGUGCAGGGCGCCCUGCAGCGCAUGCUCAGCUCCGGGGCGCAGGGGACUGCCCAUCAGGCUGAAGUCGCCUAA